AUGGACAGUGGCGGCGAUGGUGAUGACAAUCCUCAGACAAUAGCAGCGCUAGAAUGGCCUGAGCCUCCCCGAUUCCGCUUCAGUCCCAAGGAGCCUCCGCGCCCAAUUCAUCAGUUAUCAGCAUCGAAGUUCAUACCUCGGCAAGACAAGACCGAGGCUAGAGGAGCGCUUCCGUCACAGAGAUUCUGGAGGAGGGCCCAAUGGUCGCCCGACGGAACUCAUUUACUGGCUCAGACCGAAGCUCACGAGCUUGAUCUCUUCUCUUUGACCGAAGGCUCAUCAGCAGCGAUAGACGACCAAUCACAGGCUACGGGACCAUCAUCGUCAGAUUCACAGAAGUAUGGUUUGCAGCACGUCUUUCGAAUCGCAUCCCCUACGACCAUCCUGGAUUAUGGCUGGUAUCCUUUUGCUCGCUACGAUGACCCCACCAGCUGGUGCUUCAUCUACUCCUCCACUUCCAUCCCGUCCAAGCUGAUAGAUGCCUACAAUGGCUCAGUGCGAGCCACGUACGGCUUUGAGAAUCACAUCGAGCAGUUCAUCGGUCCCCAAGCAAUGGCCUUCAGCAUGGACGGAAGCAGCCUCUAUUGUGGAGUCGAAGCUUCUCUCGCAUGUUUCGCAAUGGUCAGGCCGGGCACAAAUACCUGCUCCACCUUGCCUUUGCUGCCCAAUAGGCGCGCACAGGGCAAGCACUUCCAGAGGGGCGUCAUCUCCUCCAUUGUCGUGGGCCCUGCCUAUGCUCCCUCUGCUUCGGCGGGAGGAGAAUUGAUCGUCGUGGGCACAUUUGCUGGCACAGUAGGCAUCUACGAAAGGGCAGGAGACGCUGCUCCUGGGGAGUGGACCGCCGCUGGACGGAAAGUGAAGGUUGCUCAUGAGCUCUGCCUGGCUGGCUGGAUCGAGGAAGAGGGCACCGGGGUCACACAGCUCCUUCUCCAUCCAACGACGCCGUACCUACUCUUCGUCUCUAGUCGGAGGAGUGCCCUCAUUAACUGCUACGAUUUGAGAUACCUCUCCUCGAUACCAGACUUCACUCUGCCGUCGGCAAAGACGACCGUCAUAGCCAUCUUCCAGCGAUCGCCCGAGAAGAACGCAUCGGCGACGGUCCAGCAGAGGCUUUUCUUCGACGUGGACUGGGCAGGUAGGUGGCUUGUAGCGGGCGACUCUCAAGGCAGAUUGAGAGUCUGGAAUUUGGAGGACGAGACAGCCAAUGUCGAGCUUCGAACGGAAGGUUCGACAAGGACGCGAAUGCCUCACCUAGAUCUGGCUUUGCAAAAGGACAGCAUCUGCUCACUCGGGUUACACCCUCUCCGUCCGCUGCUGCUAGCGACUAGCGGCUCUCGACAAUGGCCAGAGAGCUUUUAUAGCCGCGAUUCCUCGGUUGUUGCUACUGGUGAAGGCAGCGGCUCAGAAACAAGCUGCUCCGCAUCGUCCUCCGAAGGGAGCAGCACCCUCAUGCAUGAUCAGGAGCACAUCACGUUGCCGGCAGUCCGGGCACGGGAGUCUUGGUUUGCGAGGGAUGCGAAGAUGGUCUUGUGGGAUGCAUCGUGA